UUUACAGGGUGUUUUGAUAGAUGAUGAAGUGGCAUGCAUCUCAAUCCUUGAAUGGUUGGAAUCAAGGGUUAAGGUGCAUGCCACCUCAACAUAUGCUGUACAACUGUACAAGUCCACUCCUUGGAACUUCGCCAUUUCGCAACCAUUUCCAUUAUUUCACUUCAUUUAAGCCCGUCUCCUCACCAUCUUCCUUGUUCACACACACACACACACACAGAUAUAGAGAGAGAUGGAAACGGCGUCGUUCCUUGACCCUCCCAAUUCCCCUCCAAAUGUAUCUUUUGCACUAAGAGGACCUCGCACCAACAAUUUCCUUCGCAGCGUCUCCACCAAAGAGUCACCGCUCACGGAGGCUCCAUGUUCGCCGCCCCACCUCAGCACCGCCACUUCCCUCUCCAUCAACCUCCACAGUCACUCCCACUCUCAGCCUUCAACUCCCCACCUUUCCUUUACACCCUCUAAUAAACUGGAUGAUCUACACACCACCUACAGUUGCAUUUGUUCAGUCCUGAAAAAAGACGGCCAGAUCCUCUCUGUCGCCACCUCCGGCGGCCUCGUUUACACCGGCUCACAAGGCAACACCAUUCGCAUAUGGAAGAUGCCGGAGUUCACAGAAUGUGGGCAGCUCAAAACGAAGGCAUGCAUGGUGGUUGCAUUGGAAGUGUCAAAUGAUAGAAUCUAUGCAUCAUAUUCCGAUUGCAAAAUUAGGGUUUGGAGGAGAACUUGGGAAGGAGUCAUUAAGCAUAUAAGACUUGCCACCAUACCAAAUACCGGAAGUUAUGUCCGGAGCUACAUUGCUGGCAAGGAUAAGAUGACGAGGCACUUUGGACCAAUAUCAUCACUAGCAAUCAACAUAUCAGAUGACAUUUUGUACUCGGCUUCCCUUGACAAGACCGUGAAAGUUUGGCGAAUUUCUGAUUUCAAAUGCAUAGAGACAAUCCAGGCUCAUCCCGAGCCCGUGAAUGCAAUUGUGGUGGCUGAUGAUGGGGUAUUAUAUACUGCAUCGGAUGAUGCCACUGUGAAAGUGUGGAGGCGCAACUUUUGUAGUGGGUCUCGCCCUCAUUCGCUCGCGGUGACCCUACCGGCCAAAUACUCCCCGGUCAAAACUUUGGCCUUAACCCUUGAUGGCGGGGUGUUGUACGGUGGUUGCACGGAUGGUUAUAUACAUUAUUGGCUAAAGGGUUGGUUCUCUAGCCAAUUGCAAUAUGGUGGUGCACUCCCGGGGCACACUCACGCAGUGAUGUCCUUAGCCAGUGUGGCAAAUUACGUGGUGAGUGGAUCUGCUGAUUCAACUUGUCGAAUUUGGAUAAAAGAGCAGGAUGGUCAACACACUUGUAUUGCUAUGCUCCAAGGGCACAGAGGACCUAUUAGGUGCGUUGCUGCUUUCCCUAUACAAGGUUCUGAGGAGAGCAAUGAGAAGGGUUGUAUGGUUUGCAGUGGAAGUCUUGACGGAGUCCUUAAAGUGUGGAGAGUGAGAAACACAAGGCAAAAUCGAGAUUCAUCCCAAAAUGCUCGUGAAUAUUUUGAGCUAGCUUGAAUUAGUUGUACCUUAGUUUUCCUCGAGCAAUGGGGGAAGGGAGCUUGUUGAAACUAGAGAGCUAUGUUGCUUAAUUGUACAAUGGAUUUCUGAACUAUAAAUGAAGCACUAUUGUCUCGAUUA